CCGUGGUCGGCGCCUCACUUAGUGGCAUCGACAGAGUUCAUCGGUAUAUUUUUGCGACUACAUUACUGCAAGCCAGCUGCAACGCGGCUUACUUCGCAGCUGCAACGCGGCUUACUUCGUCGAGUUUAGACUUUCAGCACUGCAGGCUGCCAGGUGCAGCUGCAUUCUCGCAUCGAUCAAUCAUCGGUGCCAAAUCGUAAUGUGCAGCCUCGCCGUGCCGACCGGCCGCGGCGGCGACGGCCCCGCGGACUCGUGGCUCGGCGGGCGGCCGCGCUACCUGGACGGGCGGGAGCGGCCGCCGCCGACGUGCGGCGCCUGCGCGGCGCCGCUCCCGCUCGUCGCGCAGAUCUCGGCGCCGGUCGACGGCCGCGCGCGGGCGCUGCACGUCUUCGGCUGCCCGCCGUGCGCCGGCGACGCGCGCGCGUGGUGCGUGCGGCGUACGCAGGCCGCCGCUGUCGAUGCGCUUUCCGUCGAGGCGCUUUCUAUCGAGCCGGCGGCGGCGACCGCAGCACCGGCGCCCGCGGCCGACGCCUGGACCUGGGACGACGACGAGGACGACGACGAGGCGGACCUGGAGGCGCUCCUCCGCAGCCACGAGGCCGGCGCCGCCGCGCCGCCCGCCCCGCGACGACCGGCGCCGCCGCCGCCACCGCCAGAACGGGAACCGGAACCGGCGGCGGCGGGCCCGGUCCUCCCGCGCGUGGCGCUGGACUGGGUCGCGGAGCCCGAGGUGGCGGCCGUCGACUCGGACGACGACGGCGACGACGCGGGCGGCGACGACGCGGCGAUGCGCCGCCGCCUCGCCGCGUACCUCGCCGAGGGCGACGACGCCGCGGCGCUCCGCGCCGCGCUCGACGGGGGCGCGCCGCCGGGCCCGGCCGCCGACGGCGACGGCUACGAGGCCGCAGGCGCGGACGACAGGUUCGCGCGCCGCCUCGCGCGGUGCCCGGACCAGGUCGUCCGCUACGCCUACGGCGCGGCGCCGCUCUGGCCCGCGGCCGACGGCCCGCCGGCCGCGCCGCCGUGCGCGUGCGGCGCGCCGCGCGACUUCGAGCUGCAGCUCAUGCCGACGCUCGCGUACGUGCUCAGGCACGACGCGCUCGACGUCCACACCGUCCUCGUCUGCUCGUGCCGCGCGAGCUGCGACGCGUCCGACGCCGAGGCGGCGGUCGUGCGGGCCGCGCCGAGCCUCCAGGACCUGUCCUAG